AUGGCGGACGAGAAGUGCUCAGCCGUCGAAAUUGUAACGGUACAGGCAGAAGAAGAGCCCUCUCGAACAGUCAGGAUUCUUCAGCCAAACAUAGUGUGCUUUACGAUCACCAUUCUUGCAGUAUGCUCGAUUACUGGUAUGUCUGUGGGAGCAACUACUUUCAAGUCACAAAGUGUGCAGUCCACGAUGAUAGUAGCAUCUCAAGCCAGUGUUUUGACCUCCUCGAUAUGCACAAUCGCAUAUAUACUCGUCCACGUUGUUGCAGCGUAUCGAAAUCAAGCAGUAGGAAUCAUUCGACCACCAGUCUUGAAGUUACAUGGCGCAUGCUUCAUCAUCGCGAGAAUAAACUUUGUUCUGUGGAUGAUCACCCUCGUUUUGACCUGUGUAACCCUAUCGCAACGCGCUGGAGACACGAAGGAUCGCCAGAAUUUGAGAGUAGAAUCAGUUGGAGUCGUGAUGUCUUGCUUUUCGUUCGUUGCUAUGGGUGUAAUUUUGACGUCCCUAGAAGCAUGUCAGUAUCCAUUUCAACCGCCAGCAAUUCUAGAAAUAGAGAAGGAGAUCAUUGCCCCAGCUAGCCCAUAUGGAAAUGACGCCAUGGAUGGUUUCCGAACUCUUGCAAUCAAUCGCCGAACCCCUAUACAGCGUCUUCCUUCCUCCCGUUUGACAAGCCUUAAAACAAAACCACUACCCAGAGCCCCAUCAUCCAUAAUACUCGAAGAGUCAGAGCGACCUCUUACGCCACUCCUUCCAAUGGCAGAAAUUCCCAGGCAGCGGGGGUGGGGCGAGGAAUGGAGGCACCUUGCGAGACCGCCUACGAAUCGAGGUCUUAAGAAAUCAGACUCUGCAAUAUCUGGGUCAUCGCGCUCGUCUUGGGAGCGCAAAGAAUCGAGGACUAUAACACCUGGCAGCAGUAUUAGUAACAUCAAAAGACGCUCACCACUCUCGACAGUCAGGUCCGCUAAUUCUCCUGACGUUUUCGAACAAUUGGAACUUAGAUACUGCCCAUUGGCAAUCCCGGCGCCUCACGAAUGGAACUUAUCUCGCACCGCCUCUUUGCCUGAAUUGCUCCCCGUGGCAAGAAUUCAAGACCUGCAAAGAAGAUCCUCUGUCGAGUCGAAAUCAUUCCCAGUGUGUCAAGCACCUCUGCCAUUAUCGGGGCACCAGAGACCUCAAAAAAGAUCAAGGUAUUUGAUGAAACGUCGAGUUCCGAAUCCCAGGUCGUCGAAUAACUGCCAAAUAAGCAUUGACCAAGAAAGAGUGGCCGAGGAGUAUGUCAAAACUGUUGAGACAUUUUCGAUAUCCAGAAGUCUGAGCGCUUUUGAUGCAAGUUCACAAGAACAGAAACCCGACAAUGGCAGGGAGAGAAAAACUGUUCCAUGUUGGAGUUCCUUUUACCAGAAGCUAGGUCCUCAAGAACGGUACAGAGAGUCGGGUUCUGCUCCUAUCGCACGAUCUCAUAGUGCCACGGGUUCGAGAGAGCUGUGGGCGUUGACUUCCAACCCGCCAGAUGCAGAAGAACAGGAGAUACCCAAGAUUGCUCCAUUGAGGCGACUGAGUCUCGGGGACAUUUCCUUAAGCCUAGGUAAAAUCUUUACGUAG